AUGUUGUUGGAGAUUGUUCUACUGUUCUCCAUGUUUUUGGAGAUUUUAAUGUUUGAACUGUUCUCCAUUUUGUUGGAGAUUGUUCUACUGUUCUCCAUGUUUUUGGAGAUUUUAAUGUUUGAACUGUUCUCCAUGUUGUUGGGGAUUGCUCUACUGUUCUCCAUGUUUUUGGAGAUUUUAAUAUUUGAACUGUUCUCCAUGUUGUUGGAGAUUGUUCUACUGUUCUCCAUGUUUUUGGAGAUUUUAAUAUUUGAACUGUUCUCCAUGUUGUUGGAGAUGUCUGGUUAUAAGUAAUUUUGGCCAUCCAGGGCUCGUAACUUGCGGCGACUCUAAAAAUGUCAGCCAUACUUGCCCUGCGAAAAAUUUAUUCGAUUAUCAUCGUUUUUCAUGCGGCUCAACGAUGAUGUAUAUUAAUCGCAGUGGUCAUUUAUCAUUGAUCAAUUAUUCUCAUUACAUUCAAAACUGUUUUUCGCAAGUUUUUUUCCCGUUGCAGAAUGCCACCAAAAGGGAAAAAGCAAUGCAAAAGACCUGCUACCGUGUCAGCUGAUGGCCCGUCAUCGCAGCGUAGUCGCCGUAGUUCGACCAUAAACGCUACAAUGGCGACGCGCAGUGCCAAUCAACCACCUUCAGUUAAUACAGCACCGACGGCUUCUGUUCUUCCUGUUAGCAAUGCUGUUUCUACGGAGACUGUUUUGCCGCCCGAGCUUCUCCAGACGCUGGUGUCCACAGUGACUGCCGAAGUAGCGAAGCAGCUUUCGACGCAAUUUUCAACGAUGCUUCCCACUCCAGUGCCAGUGGCAUCAACUGAUCAUCAAGCAGUUCCCAAUUACAUGCAAGAGCCAAGUUCACGCCAUAAUGUUCCACCGCCACAAAGUCAACAAUCCGAGGCUAACACUCUGGUAACUGGGGCAAUAGCUGCGGCUGAUGCCAGCAUUUCAGGUGAGCCUCAGUUAUUGCCUACAUUAAAUAGUAACAGCGGGAGCAAUUCUGUGGAACCUACCCAACUCUUUCACUCGGCCAGUUUACCUAUCGAUACCAGGGUAUCAGCAAAACUUAAGGGAAAAAUUUGGAAUGGAGAGUUCAUCGAUUUUGGCUGCUUGUUGAGCAAUUCUAAUAGCGAAAAAUUUCAGAUUUGAUUCAUGAGUUCCGAAGCAGGUCUCCCAGCUUCUUUUUGUCUCGAACCAGCUUCCAAGCCAAAGAAAAUUCUAAGUAUUGAGGUCUGGCUUCAGGCCUUUCGCAUUUUUGUAGUUAUAUAUACCCAAAAAUUCCCGCAUGAGGCCCCCGCCCUCAUGAAAUACGGGCAGACAAUACGUGAUUUGGCAUUACGCGGUCGGAAUUGGCGUUUCUACGACGAAAAUUUUCGAUUUCUCCAUCAAACUCAAUGUAGCCUUGUGCCAUGGGGCUCGAUCCACAGCGAACUGUGGUUGCGUUCACAGUAUUCCACUAUUUCCACCAGCAAGUGAGCCCCUGGACCCCAAAUAGGCCACGAUAAUGGUAGUUUAAAGCCGUGAGUCCGACCACCUAAUGCUGUACCAUGGGGUUAUUGUUUUAAAUUUCAUCGCGGUCUAGCUUGUUCAGGCUGCGAGUUUAAACACGCAUGUUUUAAACGUCAAGGCAAUCAUCGCAGCACUCAGUGUGGCAAUAAUUUUCAUGGCCUCAGUGGUAAAUCAAUCGCCAAUUCCGAUCGCCCCGCCAAAUCAUUUCCUACCAACUCCGGUAAAACGUUCGCCUCUCAUUAAUCUUUUGUCCGGCUAUGAACAAACUAUUUUUAAUCAAUUAAUUUCUGGGUUUUCGUUUGGUUUUUCUUUACAUUUUGACUGUGAAGCUCGGUUUCUAGAGUCUAAAAACUUAUCGUCGGCCCUAGAACACCCAAGCAUUGUUGACCUGAAACUGACUAAGGAAUUAGCGGCCUUUCGGGUGGCUGGUCCUUUCACAGCUCCGCCAUUUCAUUUCAUUGAGAGUGAUUUUGUGAAAUAUUGAAUAUGUAAAAGUAUAAAACGUACUAAUUGUUUAAUAAAUACAUGUAAUCCUAAGAAAACUGUAGUCGAUACUCUACAGCAUGUACAGUACAUACUGUAUAUAUAGGAACGUGGUGUAGGAACGAGAAGAACAAGGACAAUAUUAAAAUCUGCCUUAAAUUUUGUAAUGCAGCACAUUAGUUCUGAUAGAAUCCUUAUGGUCAUGAAAUUCCGUACAACACUUUAUACAGUAAAUAUGUAACGCAGUUUGCUUUCUUAAACUUAACUGAAUGCUAGUGUAAAUUUCUAUUCCUCAGAAGCUUUAAAAGAAGUGCCCUCAAAGUGACAAAAAAUGACGAUUGCCUCAAAAUGGAGAGAGCUGAGCGACGAGGAUCGGAAAAAAAUGGCAGGAUGAAGCUGGAAAGGUUGGAAAAGCAGACCUAGAACAAUGCCAAACGAAGAAAAAAUGAAAAUAAUAAAAAAGGAAACGAAAAAUUUAGUUAAACAAGUAAGAAGGUAAAUUAAAACUGAUCCUUGUGAGGCCUUAUAAUUAUUGGAAAUGUAUACAAUCGAUCAAUCAGUCAAAUUCCAUGAAGUCCAAGGUCAAAGUUAUCUGCCAAAGCGGAGCUGAUAACUUUGACUGAGGUCUAUCAUGCGUAAAGCGAAUCCAAUAAUUGUUUUAUUAUACAUUAAUUUACCUUUCCUGAAACAUGGCAGAGGGGGUAUUGCAGUUUAUAUUGCCAAAAGCAUUCCAUAUCUACGAAGACAGGACCUUGAAGCAAACGACACUGAAUCACUUUGGAUUAAACUUUGUCCACCAAAACGUCCAGCACACUUGGUAUGUUUUGCUUAUCGCUGUCCUCAAUAUGAUGUUACAAUGUGGAUGAACAAAUUUGAAAAUCAAAUAACCAAUGCAUAUCUUGAAGGCUGUCAACUUUCAAUAAUGGGUGAUUUUAACAUUGAUCUCUUGGUAAACAAUACAUUUUCUAAGUCAUGGCUUCAUCUUAAUGAAAACUUCCAACCACACCAACUAAUUAAUGAACCCACAAGAGUAACAUUAAAUUCAGCCACUUUAGUUGAUCACGCUUUCACAUCGUUGAGCGCCAAAGUAAGAGCAGUUAAAGUUCCUAAAAUAGGCCUUAGUGACCAUUACCCAACAUGUGUGGUGUUUAAGGAUGGUUUCGGUAGUAAACAUUGUCAUACCAGCAUCAAAUACCGAUCAUUCAAAUAUUUUGACCAUAAUCUUUUUGUUGGUAUCAUCGAUAAACAUUUACCCAUGAAAACAAAACGGGUAAAAAGAGUGGAACAACUUGACUGGAUAACGCAGGACAUAUUAAACUGUAUGCGUCAACGUGACCGUCAUAAAUCUGCUAAGAACUUUGCAGAAUACAAGAUUCUGCAUAAUAAGUGUGUUUCCCUAGUGCGCGAAGCCAAGAAGACUUAUUACCAGUCUUGCAUAAGGAAUUGUAAAGGCGAUUCCACUAAACUUUGGAAAUAUAUCAAUGAAUUAGUACCAAAUAAUUCAAAAUCAGCACCAACGGCAAUAAAAGACGGUGAAACCACCCUUACUGAUGCAAAAGAUUUAUGCGAGUCUUUUAACAAUUAUUUUUCCACAGUCGUUUAUAAGUACUUACCAACAAGCAACCUAGAUCCUGACCUAGAACAACUAAAUGACUUUGUUAGCAGUAAAAUUACUGAUGAUAUUCUUCUUACAAUACCACCUUUAACGUGUGAUGAAGUUUUGCAAUCACUUAAUCAAUUAGAUCCUCAUAAAGCCACAAGUUUGGAUGGAUUGUCCUCCAAAAUACUCAAAAUGUCAGCUUCAGUCAUUGCAGAACCUUUAACCUUGAUUCUUAAUCAAAGCAUUACUUACGGUUACUUCCCAAUGCGAUGGAAAACUGCAAGAGUUGCCCCAGUUCAUAAAUCGGGAAGUUGUACUGAAAAAAGUAAUUACCGUCCAAUCUCCAUUCUCUGUAUUGUAAACAAACUGUUGGAACGUCACUACCAUAACAGCAUAACCACCCACUUAAUAUUGUUUGACCUACUGUAUAAAGGACAAUCGGGAUUCCGACGCUACCAUUCUUGUGAAAGUGCAAUUGUUAAGUUGGUAGAUACAUGGCUUACAAAUAUUGAACAUGGAAAACUUAAUGGUGUAACACUUAUUGAUUUUCGAAAAGCAUUUGACAUGGUAAACAUCGAUAUUCUCAUCUCCAAGCUUAAGUGUUAUUAUUACAAUUAAAUGGAUGUAUUCUUAUCUGUCCGGAAGAUAUCAGUGUGUUCGAAUUAAAAAUCACAUUUCAUCAAUAGCUCCUGUUUCAUUUGGCGUACCACAAGGAAGUAUUCUGGGACCGCUUCUAUUUAUUUUAUUUGUUAACGAUCUCCCUUUACAUAGUAACCAGAACCUAGAUCUUUAUGCUGAUGAUUCCACCUUGCACUCCUCAGGAAAUUCCAUGAACCAGUUGAAUUGCACACUCUCGUCUGAAAAUUGGCUCUUCUGAACUCCAUAUCAAUUACAACAAUACUGUGCUUGAAAAUGUAGAAUCAAAAAGAUUGCUGGGUGUGAUUGUUGAUAAUCAUCUCUGUUGGAAAGCCCGUAUCAAUGAUCUAGCUUCUAAUCUGAGUAAACUUAUCGCUCUGUUCCGCCGAAUCAAAAUCUAUCUGCCACUUCAAACAAGGAUUCUAUUUUAUAAAACGUUCUUUCAACCAAGGAUUGAUUAUUGCUGCACCGUUUGGGGACAAUCACCACACACUUCAAGAAUAUACAAACUACAAAAACUUAUCCUAAAACUAAUUUAUGAUAAAUCAAAACUUUCUCCAUCUAAACCACUUUUCGAACAGUCAAACAUUUUACCAAUAAAGUACAGAGUUAUGUAUAGGGUAGUUUGCCUAGUUUAUAAAUCUUUAAAUAACUUGACUCCAGACUAUUUAAGUAAUAUGUUUAAACCAUUGUCAACAAUUUCCCAGCGACAUACAAGAAGCACUGCCAAUAUGGACUUAUGGAUACCAAACUAUAGACUAUCAAUCACCAGGAGUGGACUUCGGUACACUGGAGCAUCUUUUUAUAAUACGUUGCCACCAGAUAUUAGAUCUUCCAGCUCAUUUAAAGCAUUCAAGCGUAAAGCCCAUGAAUUGUUUUUGGAUAUGUACAAAAAUAACUCAUAAGAUGCAGUGCAUGUUAUUUCCAAUUUUUUUAUAACUAUAUCGAUAUGUACUUUAUGUAAUUAUGUAUACUGUAGUCUGUAGAAAUGUAAAUUGUACUGCAUGUAAAUAUAUUCGAUUAUAUAGUUAACUUGAGAAGGUCCAGUGGAAGAUUAGCAAAAGCUAAACUGGCAUAUUUCCUUGUAAAUUAACCUUCUUUAAAUAAAGUUUUAAUAAUAAUAAUAAUAAUUAAAAAGACAAAAAACAGACAUGUACUGUACAGGUGUAUAUUAAAGCCGAAAUUUGCAAAGGAGAGAAAAAUGAAAACAUACAAAUUAACAUUUAAUAAAAUAAUAAAUACUUGUUGAAUUUGGUAAUUUCUGAAGUUUAUUAUGGCAAAUUACAAGAAGCUAUGCUGUUUCACUCAUUCUUUCACUAGCUUUUCACGUUACUUCCAGUAUAUGAUGUCAAAGCGAGGAGGGUAUUGUGUUUUUUACAUCGAACUUGCGGUUUUUCGGUCAAUCAAAAAUUAGAAUACAGUUUGAAUGUAUAAUGACAUGUGUGUAUUUUUUCAGCUAUCAUAUCUUGAAGAUCUUGGUUGCGAGACUGUCGUUUUAAUGAUGGAUCCUGACACUGGUACUGUAAGGCAAUACGGGUCAGAGAAUGGCAUUAUGUUUCUGGCAGAAAAUGAGAAAAUACCAUUAAAAUUUUUGGCGUAUUUCGACGGUAAUGUAUUUCGUAUUUAAUUUCUAGGUAUCAGUUCAAUUAUCCCUUGCUUAUGACGUCACAAGGGCAAAUUUUUGUGUGUGUUGUUGUUAUGUACUCAGAUGAAUAUGAUGUUUGUGGUGUUGCUGAAAAAUCCCCCAUGCACUCAGUGGUAUACUUACUUACGUACAGUUCAUUAUGUUUUGCUUUGGCUUUAUUCACCUGUUUACAGUAUGUAGGCAGACUCCAGAAUUGCUUACAAUAUAUGUAUAUGCAUUGUUAAGUGUUAAAUAUACUUGAAACUUGCAAAGUUUUUCUUUUUUAUUAACAACUUAUUUACCUUUAGAUAAUGAAGAUAGUUCCAGCAGAAAUUAUACCCGUAAGGAUGUCCAAAAUAUGUUUAACAAGAAAUGCAGUAAGUAUUUAUAUGUACGUCUUUUACACAAAACCGCAACAUGGUACAAUAGUCGUGCAUCUGUUGCACACACAUGUUGGACAAAUGUUACGGCAAACAAUGUCACAUUGGUCCAGCAACGAUGUAUUUAGGCAAAUGCGCACACAGUUGUUCUGCACGCAUGUAAAUGGUACAUAUUGUGGGUUUGUACACAUUUUGUAACCUAUCAUGCUUCCAGCGUAAGAAGAUAAUAGUAUGAUUGGCAGUGAAAUGCUUUAUGGCUAAGAUGGUUAUAAAUCCUAAGUUUUGAAUCUUUUCCUGGAAAUAUUUGAGGGAACUAAAACAGUGCUUAACAUGUUUUAUCCUGAUAUUUGUUACAUUUCAUUUUAAUUACAACUUAGGAUGAACCUAUGAAAAAUUCCUACUGUGAUCACAGAAACUUUGAUAAACUGAGGUUUAGUUUAGGAAAAUAGUUGUUUCUGUAGUCAACGGCUAAAGUGUAUAUCUAUUUAUGGAUAUCACUCUACCUUGUUUAUUUGCUUAAGAACAAUUUUCGUUUUUUUACAGGUGAAGCAUGUGGUAAACCGGGCUCUAAAGUACCGUAUCAAAACGGUGGAUUUGUUGUCAGUGGCCUACCUGACAAUAUACUUUUUAAGAAGCCAAACUGUUAUGGCAUGGACCAAAUCAAAAUAAUUAUGGAACAUGAAGCAAACAUAGUCUUCUAA